AUGAGCUCCAGCUCAGUGGAGGACCUGCGGCGCUGGGUGGUGCAGAACAAGCUCAAGGCCAUCUUCUCAUUCUGGGCCACCGGCCUGUCUGUGUCGCUAGCCUACCAGUGGACGAGGCCCAUCCCGACCCAGCUGAAGCUCAUCCACUCGCGCGUGUAUGCCCAGGCGCUGACGCUGGCUGGGCUGGGCAUUGCUGGAGUGGUGCAGUGGCUGGAGGAGCCUCCUCCCGAGACCACUCCGGCGCCCAAGGCCACCGGCUUCGACCGCUAG